CGGCGCCUGCCGGGACCCCGCAGCCUGGCGCGGGCGGCGGCGGCGGCGGCGGGCGAUGGAGAGCAGAGCCCAGGACCGCGCCGUCCUUCCGUGCACGAAGCUGCCCAACAACUGAGUCGGAAGGCCUCCGCCCCGCGCGCCUUUCCGCGGCACUGCCACUCUGGCCGGCAUGUGGGCUCCGGGGCGCUCCGCUGAAGCGCGCAGCAACCUGUCGAGCGCAGCGGAGGACUGCGGCUCAGUGUCCGUGGCCUUCCCCAUCACCAUGAUGGUUACCGGUUUCGUGGGCAACGCGCUGGCCAUGCUGCUUGUAUCGCGCAGCUACCGGCGCCGUGAGAGCAAGCGCAAGAAGUCUUUCUUGCUGUGCAUUGGCUGGCUGGCCCUUACUGACUUGGUGGGGCAGCUCUUGACCAGCCCGGUAGUCAUCCUCGUGUACCUGUCGCAGCGGCGCUGGGAGCAGCUCGACCCAUCGGGGCGAUUAUGCACCUUCUUCGGACUGGCCAUGACGGUGUUCGGGCUGUCCUCGCUCCUGGUGGCCAGUGCCAUGGCCGUGGAGCGCGCGCUGGCCAUUCGCGCGCCUCACUGGUACGCUAGCCACAUGAAGACUCGCGCCACGCGCGCUGUGCUGCUAGGCGUGUGGCUGGCAGUGCUUGCCUUCGCACUGCUACCAGUGCUGGGGGUGGGCCGCUACAGCGUGCAGUGGCCCGGCACGUGGUGCUUCAUCAGCACCGGGCCCGCGGGCAACGAGACCGACCCUGCGCGGGAGCCGGGCAGCGUGGCCUUUGCCUCCGCCUUCGCCUGCCUGGGGCUGCUGGCUCUGGUGGUCACCUUUGCCUGCAACUUGGCUACCAUCAAAGCCCUAGUGUCCCGCUGCCGGGCCAAGGCCGCUGCCUCUCAGUCUAGCGCCCAGUGGGGUCGGAUCACCACCGAGACGGCCAUCCAACUCAUGGGGAUCAUGUGUGUGCUGUCUGUCUGCUGGUCUCCGCUACUGAUAAUGAUGUUGAAAAUGAUCUUCAACCAGACAUCCGUUGAGCAAUGCAAAACACAGACGGGAAAGGAGAAGGAGUGCAACUCGUUCCUGAUUGCAGUUCGCCUGGCUUCGCUGAACCAGAUCCUGGACCCCUGGGUUUAUCUGCUGCUAAGAAAGAUCCUUCUUCGGAAGUUCUGUCAGAUCAGGCACCACUCCAACUAUGCUUCCAGCUCCACCUCCCUGCCCUGCCCAGGCUCCUCAGCUCUGAUGUGGAAUGACCAACUGGAAAGAUGACAAACACCCUGAGGUGGAUUUUCAUUGCAGUUCCUGCUUCCCUGGGUCUGUGAAUUUCUCCCCCGCACCCUGCCCCCAGAAAGAUAACUGAAUAUUUUGGAUUAUAUCUUCUUUUGGCUCCAUGUUUUAAUUUUUUUCUUGCCAUUAGACAACUGAGACAAGCUUUCUUAUGAUAACCGGAACUUCUGGAUGCUCAUUGACUUCUGUGAAGGACUGGGACUCUGCACUUGGGAAGUAGGGCAGAAUUGCAUAGGCAAGGCUUGUGAGAAGCACAGACAAACUUGGUAGAGCACCGUCUCCAACACCAGCCUUGACAGAACAUCUUCACAUGUUUUCGUAGUUUGAUUCUUCUACAUAGAUUUGAAAAAGCAGCAUAACUUUUAAACAGUGAAACAUCAACGUGUUGGGUAUGAGCUUAACAAGACAAAAAACUGCAUGGGAAGGCAGAGGGCAUUGAGCAAAGGGUGUUUGUGCCAAGCAGGUACGGGACACCACAGAGUUGUGUCCUUUUCAACGAGGCUGGGAAAUAAAGUUUCUAACUUAUUUCUGGUUAUAGGCCCCUCAGUGAUUCAGGAAUCACACUAUUGUUUCUCUGCUCUUAAAGGGAGCAGUUCAGCUAAGGGUGUCUUCCAAGUAUGUGGGAGGCUGUGGGAGUCCAGCCUCCACCUUCCCCACCUUUUCUAGGGUUUUUUGUUUUUUUUUUUGGUUUUUCGAGACAGGGUUUCUCUGUGUAGCUUUGCGCCUUUCCUGGAACUCACUUGGUAGCCCAGGCUGGCCUCGAACUCACAGAGAUCCGCCUGCCUCUGCCUCCCAAGUGCUGGGAUUAAAGGCGUGCGCCACCACCACCCGGCCCUUUUCUAGGGUUCUUAGGAAGAGGAGAGAGGGUUAAGAAAAUAUCAGAUAAAAAGAGAGACCUAGCCGAUGAGAAGAAAGACAGAAACACAGGAUAGUUUCGGGAGGGCCUGGAUCAAUAUGCAACAACCUCAAAGGUUUAUUGAAAAAGACUUUUUAUAACAUGCCAAGGGGAGAGGCAAAAGAGCUUCCCCUUGCUAGAUCAAAGCACACCAUACAGCCAAGCAUAGACCCUUCCAAACACCUGGUAAACAUGCCGGUGGUCAAAUCAUCUCCUUAUACAGCCCUGCGGGGUAAAGAAAGCUCAGAUUCUCUGACCCUGAGUAAUUUGAGCUCCCACACAAGUGUCACUAACAAUUCCAAGGCUAGAUGACUAAAUGUUCAGUUAAAACUAUAAAAAGGAAAACCAGAUACAGCCAGCUAAUUAUGGUUACAGUUCAAUCUUAUUUCGGAUUCACUAUCAACUUAAGAUUUCUCAUAAUUUUUGCUCAGGCUGCACACACAAAAAACAGGCAAAAUUAAUAAGUGACAAUUAUUCUAUAUCAAGUCUGUGACUUUUUGUGAAAUAAAAUGAUUUUGUCUGUGUUGAUAUAGUGAACUUAAAAAGUAUUUGAGUUCUUUAAUAGCUUCCAUCUGGUACACAUUUUCCUACUUGUAAAUCCAACAACCUGUUUUUCCUUCUUCAGCCUGCCCUUUGGAUUCCUCUCUCCACCCCCUAGUUCACCUAGUUCAGCAGAUGUUCAGUGUCUGCCUAGGCAGUCACUAUAUCACACUGUCACCUCUGUGGGUGUCUUGAGAAGAGAUGAGAAUCUGGGAUCUGUUGUUUCACCCUGGGAGCCUAUAUCAGGAGUCCAUUGUCACUCUGUCCACCUAUAACUAAAUGAUGUGGUCCAUGAAUCAGCUGUCAACUCCCAUUGCUUUAUUUUGACUCUAGCCCUUAGCUGAUCACUCAUACUAUCCACUUCUCAGAUUUAAGUUCAAUGACCAUUACUGAGCACAGGGUAAAGAUCACCAUCAGAGCAAUGUCUGUCGAUCACCUUCAUGGCUAUUGAGCUGUCAUCUACUGCUUCAUCUUCACAAGACAGAGCUCUGUACAGGGUUCUCCAUUAGUACCAUCACUUAAGAUUUGCUGCAGUGACAUGCCACUUAAAGGACCAGGUGAUGUAGCACAAGCACGGGUUUUGAAGCAAAGUUGGAUUUGACUCUCAAUACAUCACACACAGGCCCUAUGCCCUUGAGAAAUCUUCAGUACAUACCCCUGGGUCUCAAAUUAACCUACCUAUGAGAUGAAAACAGUACUUCCCGUAGAGUUAUUGUGAGGAGCUCUGUGAAGUGUAUGCAAUGUACUAGACCAGUAAGCAUUGACAGUGUUUAACUCUUUGUUCAGAAUUAUUUCCAAGGACUUGAUAUGAGCUCUCAGUUUCAACUACAAACUGACUUCCUUACUGCAGGGGGUUGAAUGUCAUGGGCAGAACCCACUUCAAACCCAGGUGUUAGUAUCUGUACCAUGUUACCAUUGCAGAACUUCCCACUUCCCAUGUGUUCUCUCCUUGUCUCAGGCCUUAGACAAUUCAUACCUAUGUGUGUCCUCAUCUGUAAUCUCAUUCUGACAUUAGAUGGACCCCACAGUAUCAUACCAUACUGUUCCUUAGACACUUACACUCUGUGUCCUUUUUUCCCUUGAAAAACAAUGGCUAGAUCCCUUUUUAUUAUAUUUUCUUAUCUAUCUCAACAUUGUGUUGUCCUGUCUGACACCUAGAAGGUUGCUACUGAUUUAGUAAAUUAUCAGCAGGGGUGACAUCUAUAUAGAGGUCUACCAGUCUUUAAUAGGAAGGAAUUCAGUGGGAAGAUGCUCCCAUAUUACCAUUCAGCUGAGGAAAUUUCAUGUUAACUUCCUGAUUUUUGUGUCUGUCUCCAAGGAAUCUAAUCAUACUCAGUUCAACACAAGAGUGUAAGGCUCCUUUUGUAAUAAUAAUAAUAACGCAACUGGAGAAGCUUGACAAAGGUGAUUUCCAGGCACCAGACUGGCCCUUUUGUGAUCCAUCCAAACUCUGAUAGAGAAAGUAUGUUUUUCUGUAAAAUGCUUCUGGUGCUGUUUUUAAAAACAAGCUUUAGUUUUUAGCCUAGUUUUAGGUUCUCAACAAAACUGAGUGGAAUUCAAAGAAUGCUUUGCCUUUUAGUUCAGAGAAAUCAUCUACUGAAGAUCAGAUGUAGCUGGAAGUUUUCCUGUGUCCUGCCUGGCCCUGAGGUCCCUCAGCUGCUUAAAAAAGUAAUCAUUCAGAGGCUUAAUAUUAUUUGGAAAUUAUAUGACUUAUGGCAGGCUUCUUGUUACCUAGCUCUUAUAACUUAACUCAACCCAUAACUAUUAAUCUAUGUAUCGCCACAUGUUCCAUGGCUUUACCUGCAUCCCAUUACAUGUUGCUCCUUGGAUGGCGGUUUGGUGUCUCCCCUUACUCUUUCUUUCUCCUUUCACUAUCUCUCUUGGAUUUUCCCACCUGGCUCCAUCCUGUCCUGCCAUAGGCCAAUGCAGCUUUAUUUAUUAGCCAAUGGGAGUAACACAUAUUCACAGCACACAGAAAGAUGUCCCACACCAACCAAAUUCAUCCAAAAUGCCAAUUUCUGCUGUAAGGUGCACUUGUGUUGUGAUUCUGACACGUGAAUUAACUUUUGAGGUCCCCGUCAUCAGUAUCAUCAGUAAACACUCUCGUCAUUAGGUAAUAAGGCUGAAACAAAGGCUAAUCCUCCAAAUAAAACAAGUUUCAUGGAGGUGCUGCCCAAACACAGAGCAUGUAGAUAAGUGGAGUUGAUCAGUAGUUUUAAACCAAUUAUAAGACCAACCAUAAAGCUUAUGGGUUAAGCACAUAAAACUGUGUAUCAUUAAUGUGCUAAAUGGAUGUGUCGGCAUGAGUUCUUGCUCUUUUUCACAUAUAUGCAAUAGAGUCUUUGUAAUACAGUACAUAUUAGCUAUAUGUAAGAUAUUACACAAAUAUAUUGUGUGUGGUUCUUUAUAAUAUAUGACAAAUAUAUAAGCUACUAUGUGUGACAUAUCACAUGUUACAUCUAACGUGUCCUGUGUAGUAUAUUGCAUGUAGUAUGUUCUGUGUCCUCUUAAGCUUCUGACAUUUGCACUGGAGGAAAUGAGCUCCUGCAAAGGCCAGUCUCCAGUGUGGUGGUAAUGUGUUCCCCAAAAUAUUGUGCACCCUAAUAAAUUUAUCUGGGGUCAGAGAACAAACAGCCACUAAAUACAAAGGCUAGAAAAUGGUGGCACUCACACCUUUAAUCCUAGCAUUCCAGAGACAGAAAUCCCUCUGGAUCUCUGUGAGUUCAAAGCCACAUUGGAAACAGCCAGGCAUGGUGACACACGCCUUUAAUCCCAGAAAGUGAGCCUUUAAUCCCAGGGAGUAAUGGUAGAAGGCAGAAAGAUAUAUAAGGCGUGGAGACCAGAAACUAGAAGCAUUUGGCUGGUUAAGCAUUUGGCUGGUUAAGCAUUCAGGUUUUGAGCAGCAUAGUUCAGCUGAGAGCCAUUCGGAUAAGAGGACACAGAGACACAGAGGCUUCCAUUCUGAGAAAACAAGAUCAGCUGAGAAGUUGGUCAGGUGAGGUUAGCUGUGGCUUGUUUUGUCUCUCUGAUCUUCCAGUGUUCACCCCAAUACCUGCCUCAGGUUUGAUUUUAUUAAUAAGAACUUUAAGAUUCAUGCUACACUCCAGUGCUGUCCUCUUGCAGCAGCACAAAUCGGAGUGAAUGAAAACAGGUGAAGAAAGGUCCACUAGGCUGCUUCUUGGAUGUGAGGCCAGGAUGAUGGGAAAGGCCACCAAAACUGCUGUGAGAGCCAGGCCCUGAGAAAGCAGCUGUGCUGGUGUUUGGAGACUGUGUUUGUUCCACUCUCCCCAGGAGGGAAGAGAAGGUAGAUCCAUUACCUUGUACAGGAACAUGUAGAUAUGUGCCUUAUAGUUAUUUAGAAUAGUCUAUAAGAUGUAGAAAAUUCAGACUUUAAUUGGCCUGCUAUUUUAUUAUUUAUAAGAAAAACCUAAAAUUAAAAAAAAACAUGAAAUGAAAGUUACAAAAAAGCUAUAAAAUGUAUUUAAAAUAACACAGCCUUCCCAUACCCUCAAUAGUUAGGAAUACAUUUGAGGCACGUUAAGGUAGCUGUCAUAGUGUGGGCAUCUUAAGGCUCUGUUCACUAUACUUUACUCACUAUAAUGAUGCAACUAUCUCCUUUUUGUCUUGAUUUGUGCUUAUGUUUCAGAAAUCUGGGGUUUACUAAACAUUUUGUUGAUUUUUAAUGUCUAUGCACAUACUGUAAAUGAAAGUGGUUCUUGUUUCAUCCAUGUCCUAAGGCUUGGUUUUCAUUAUAUGAAGUAUUUUUUAUAUAAAAGUAAUUUGUGUGAAACUCAUUCUAAUAUCCUUUAUAGCUGCUUUUGAAUACUGGCUGCAUUGUGAGUUUUCAGGACCUGAACUUUGAGAAACUUGUGAUCCUAUGGAACCAGCACUGCUGGGGCCAAGACACAGAAGUGACCAAUAAAGACAUAGUCAUCUGUGUCUUUGGA